UUAGAUAUCGCGCCAGCAGUCGCCUCCUCGCAUUUCGCAUUCACAGUCGCGCUGAAAACGAAGUCGCGCCGCGACGUACCGGACGCCCGCAGGUUCGCGCCGGUCGAUACUCGCGAACCCAUACAUUACAGCGACGAAACAAAUAGGUAGUGAUUUCAGCUAAGUGAUUGAAUAUAUUUACACCGGAUUUAUACUCGAUUGGGGACAUUGUCAAGGAUUUAAAGCGUAUAAUAAUAACAUAUUUCUGCACGCUACAAGAAUCAUCGCUUGCAGCUACAAAUUGGGAAAAAGAGUUAUACGAAAGCUGCUAUAUACGCGCCACAGCUGAGCAGCCAAGAUGCCGAGUGCCGUCACCAACGGGUCGAGGGGCUCCGACGAUGACAUCGUGCUGACCGGGCUGUCGGGCCGCCUGCCCGAGUCCGACUCCAUCGAGGAGUUCGCGCAGCAGCUGUUCGACGGCGUCGACCUUGUCACAGCAGACGACAGGCGAUGGACUCCAGGACUGCACGGGCUGCCGGAGCGCAACGGCAAGCUGAAGGACCUGGCGCACUUCGACGCCACGUUCUUCGGCGUGCACGCCAAGCAGGCGCACCUCAUGGACCCGCAGCUGCGCCUGCUGCUGGAGCUCACGCACGAGACCAUCAUCGACGCCGGCAUCAACCCCGGCGAGCUGCGCGGCUCGCGCACCGGCGUCUACGUGGGCGUCUCCAACUCCGAGACCGAGGAGAUGUGGACCGUCGACCCCGACAAGAUCAACGGCUACGCGCUGACGGGCUGCUGCCGCGCCAUGUUCCCCAACCGCAUCUCCUACACGUUCGACCUGAAGGGGCCCUCGUUCGCCGUGGACACGGCCUGCUCCAGCUCCAUGUUCGCGCUGGCGCAGGCGGCCACGGCCAUCCGCGCCGGCCACUGCGACGCGGCCAUCGUGGCCGGCACCAACCUGUGCCUCAAGCCCGCCAACUCGCUCAACUUCCACCGGCUGAGCAUGCUGUCGCCCGAGGGCCGCUGCGCCGCGUUCGACGCCAGCGGGCGCGGCUACGUGCGCUCCGAGGCGGCCGUGGCCGUGCUGCUGCAGCGGCGCAGCGCGGCGCGGCGCGUCUACUGCACGCUGCGCGGCUUGCGCGUCAACACGGACGGCGCCAAGGACCAGGGCAUCACCUUCCCCUCCGGCGACAUGCAGCGCCGCCUCGCCGAGGAGACCUUCGCCGAGGCCAAGCUGCGCCCCAGCGACGUCGUCUACGUCGAGGCGCACGGCACCGGCACCAAGGUGGGCGACCCGCAAGAGGUGAACGCCAUCGCGGAGCUGUUCUGCAAGGGGCGCAAGGGGCCACUGCUGCUGGGCUCGGUCAAGUCUAACAUGGGUCACUCGGAGCCCGCGUCCGGCCUGUGCUCCGUCGCCAAAGUAGUGGUCGCGAUGGAGCGCGGCGUCAUCCCCGGCAACCUUCACUACAAGAACGCCAACCCCGACAUCCCGGCGCUGAGCGACGGCAGGAUCAAGGUGGUGGACCGCAACACGGAGUGGGACGGCGGCCUGGUGGCCAUCAACUCGUUCGGGUUCGGCGGCGCCAACGCGCACGUGAUCUUCGAGUCGGAGCCGGGCGGCGGCGCGGCGCGGACGCCGGCGCGCUACGCCGUGCCGCGCGUGGUGCUGGCGUCGGGCCGCACGGAGGAGGCGGUGCGCGAGCUCACGGGGCUGGCGGCGCAGCACGCGCGCGACGCCGGCCUGCACGCGCUGCUGGACGCCGUGCACCGCCACAACAUCCCCGGCCACUCGCACCGCGGCUUCGCCGUGCUCACCGACCCGCCCAUCGAGGAAUGCGCUGAAGUGGAGAGCGGCGAACCGCGACCUGUGUGGUUCGUGUUCUCGGGUAUGGGCUCGCAGUGGCCCGGCAUGGCCAAGUCGCUGAUGCAGCUGCCGGUGUUCGCGGCCAGCGUGAACCGGUCGGCGGCGGCGCUGCGGCCGCACAACAUCGACCUCGUCAAGAUCAUCACGGAGGCGCCGGCGGCGGCCUUCGACGACGUCAUCAACUCGUUCGUGUCCAUCGCGGCCGUGCAGGUGGCGCUGGUGGACGUGCUGCGCGCGCUCGAGAUCCGCCCCGACGGCAUCGUGGGCCACUCCGUGGGCGAGAUCGGGUGCGCGUACGCCGACGAGACGCUGACGGCGGAGCAGGCGGUGCUGGCGGCGUACUGGCGCGGGCGCAGCAUCGUGGACGCCAAGCUGCCGCCGGGCGCGAUGGCGGCGGUGGGGCUCUCGUGGGAGCAGUGCGAGGCGCGCUGCCCGCCCGACGUCGUGCCCGCCUGCCACAACGCCAACGACAGCGUCACGAUCUCCGGGCCCGUGGAGUCGCUGGAGAAGUUCGUGGCGACGCUGUCGGCGGAGGGCACGUUCGCGCGGCGCGUCAACAGCUCGGGCGUCGCCUUCCACAGCAAGUACAUCGCGGCCGCCGCGCCGCUGCUGCGCCGCAGCCUCGAGAAGGUCAUCCCCGAGCCCAAGCCGCGCUCCGCCCGCUGGGUGUCCUCCUCGCUGCCGCGCGACAAGUGGAACUCCGACCUCGCCAAGCUGAGCGACGCCAACUACCACGUGAACAACCUGCUGUCGCCGGUGCGGUUCGCGGACGCCGUGCGCGAGGUGCCGGAGCGCGCGCUGCUGGUGGAGGUGGCGCCGCACGCGCUGCUGCAGGCCGUGCUCAAGCGGGCCCGGCCCGCGCCCGCCGCGCACGUGCCGCUCGUGCGCCGCGACGCGCCCGACGCGCUGGCGCACCUGCUGGCGGCCGCCGGGCGCCUGUACGCGGCGGGCGCGCAGCCGCACGUGGCGCGCCUGUACCCCGCCGUGCCCUUCCCCGUGCCGCGCGGCACGCCGGGGCUGGCGUCGCGCGUGCGCUGGGACCACGCGCUGGAGUGGAGCGUGGCGCACUUCGGCAGCGCCUCGCGCUCCGGCGAGAACGUCAUCGAGUACGACGUGUCGCGCGCCGACGACGGCUUCAUCACCGGCCACAACAUCGACGGCCGCGUGCUGUUCCCCGCCACCGGCUACCUGACUCUCGUUUGGAGAACUAUGGCGAAACUCCACAACAGAAAACCUGAAGAGACCCCGAUAGUGAUGGAGAACAUUCAGUUCCGGCGCGCCACCAUCGUGUCGCGCGACACGCCCGUGCGGUUCCUCAUCAACGUGCUGGACGGCACCGGCGAGUUCGACGUGUGCGAGGGCGGCGCCGUGGUGGUGACGGGCACCGUCCGCCUGGCCGACGACCCCGCCGCCGAGCGCCUGCGGGACCUGGACACGGCCCCGCCGCGCCAGGAGGACGGCCUGCUGCCGCUCGUCACCGACGACAUCUACAAGGAGCUGCGCCUGCGCGGCUACAACUACGGCGGCAUCUUCCGCGGCAUCCGCUCGUCCGACCCGCGCGGCACCUGCGGCGAGCUCGCCUGGGACGACAACUGGAUCUCGUUCAUGGACACCAUGCUGCAGUUCGGCAUCAUCGGCGUGGACACGCGCGAGCUGUACCUGCCCACGCGGCUGCAGCGGGCGCUCAUCGACCCCGCGGCGCAGCUGGCGGCCGUGGCGGCCAGCGGCGGCGGCACGCUGCCCGUGCGCAUGCACCGCGACAUCGACGUCAUCAGCGCCGGCGGCAUCGAGUUCCGCGGCGUCAAGACCAGCCUGGCGCCGCGCCGCGCCAACCCGCAGGCCGCGCCCAAGCUCGAGAAGUACGUGUUCCUGCCGUACGACAACACCGCCGUCGCCACCGAGGACACGUCGCGCUCCAAGCGGGACGCGCUCACCGUCAGCCUGCAGCUGGUGCUGGAGAACGCGGGCGCCCUGCGGCUCAAGCUGGGCGAGGCGGCGCUGGAGCGGCCGCCCGAGGCGCUGCUCACGCCGCUGGCCAUGCAGCUGCUGGAGGCCGAGCCGCAGGUGCGCGUGGACGCCACGCUGGCGGCCGGGCCCGCGCCCGCCGCCUACGCCGCCGCGCUCAAGGACCUGGGCGUCAAGGUGCUGCCCAAGGACGGCAAGGCGGCGCCCGUGGAGAGCGACUGCCACCUGGUGCUGGCGGCCGACGUGCUGAGCCGCCACGGCGCCGGCGUGCUGGCGCAGCUGGCGGCGGCGCUGGGCGAGGGCGGCAUGCUGCUGCUGGAGGAGCCGCACAAGGCGCUGGACGCGGCGGGCGCGCGCGACAUGCUGGCGCAGGCGGCGCUGGCGCCCGUGUCGCGCCAGCAGGCCGCCAGCUGCGAGUACGUGCUGCUGCGCCGCGCCGCCGCGCCGCCGGCCGCGCACGUGGUGGUGGAGGUGCCGGACGACGGCUCGUACGCCUGGGUGGAGGCGCUGCGCGACGCGCUGGCGCGGGCCGAGGCGGAGGACAUGCGCGUGUACUGCGUGUCGCGUGCACCGGCGUCCGGCGUGCUGGGGCUGUGCACGUGCCUGCGCGGCGAAGCGGGCGGGCGGCGCCUGCGCUGCUACUACCUGCCGGGCGCCCGCGACGCCUUCCGGCCCGACGCGGCGCCCUACGCGGCGCAGGUGCGGCGGGACCUGGCCGUCAACGUGCUGCGCGCCGGCGUGUGGGGCAGCUACCGGCACGUGGCGCUGGGCGACGCGGCCGAGGCGCAGCUGCAGGUGGAGCACGCCUACGUCAACACGCUGACGCGCGGCGACCUGUCGUCGCUGCGCUGGAUCGAGAGCCCGCUGCGCCACGCGCGUCAUGUCCCGCAGUCGCCGCGCACCGACCUGUGCCGCGUGUACUGCGCGCCGCUCAACUUCCGCGACAUCAUGCUGGCCACCGGCAAGCUGCCGCCCGACGCGCUGCCCGGCAACCUGGCCGGCCAGGAGUGCAUCCUCGGCCUGGAGUUCAGCGGCCGCUCGUCGGACGGGAAGCGCGUGAUGGGCAUGGUGGCGGCGUGCGGCCUGGCCAGCACCGUGCUGGCCGACAAGGGCUUCCUGUGGGAAGUGCCGGCCAAGUGGUCGCUGGAGGAGGCGGCCACGGUGCCGGUGGCGUACGCCACGGCGUACUACGCGCUGGUGGUGCGCGGGCGCAUGCGGCGCGGCGAGGCCGUGCUGGUGCACGCGGGCACGGGCGGCGUGGGGCAGGCGGCCGUGGCCAUCGCGCUGCACGCGGGCUGCACGGUGUACACCACGGUGGGCACGCCCGACAAGCGGGCCUUCCUGCGCGAGCGCUUCCCGACGCUGCCGCCCGAGAACAUCGGCAACUCGCGCGACACGUCCUUCGAGCAGCUCAUCAAGCGCCGCACGCGCGGCCGCGGCGUGGACCUCGUGCUCAACUCGCUGGCGGCCGACAAGCUGCACGCGUCCGUGCGCUGCCUGGCCGAGGGCGGCCGCUUCCUGGAGAUCGGCAAGCUGGACCUGUCCAACGACACGGCGCUGGGGAUGUCCAUCUUCCUCAAGAACACAACUUUCCACGGCAUCUUGCUGGACGCGCUGUUCGACGCGGACUCGGCGGACAGCGACAAGGCGGCCGUGGUGCGGUGCGUGACGGACGGCAUCGCGUCCGGCGCCGUGCGGCCGCUGCCCGCCACCGUCUUCUCCGACCACCAGUUGGAGCAGGCCUUCAGGUACAUGGCGACGGGCAAGCACAUCGGCAAGGUGGUGCUGCGCGUGCGCGAGGAGGAGGCCAGCGGGGCCCGGCCCGCCAGCAAGCUGGUGUCCGCCAUCCCGCGCACCUACAUGCACCCCGCGCGCUCCUACGUGCUGGUGGGCGGCAUGGGCGGCUUCGGGCUGGAGCUGGCGCAGUGGAUGGUGCGGCGCGGCGCCACGCGCCUGGUGCUGAACUCGCGCAGCGGCGUGCGCACGGGCUACCAGGCGUGGUGCAUCCGGCGCUGGCGCGAGGCGGGCGUGCAGGUGUGCGUGUCCACGGCCGACGCCUGCAGCCCGGCCGGCGCCCGCGCGCUGCUGCGCGAGGCGGCGGCGCUGGGCCCCGUGGGCGGCGUCUUCAACCUGGCCGCCGUGCUGCGCGACGCCUUCCUCGACAAGCAGACGCCCGCCGACUUCCAGGCUGUCGCUAAACCCAAGAUCGACGCGACUAAAAUUCUGGACGCGGCGACGCGAGAGCUGGCGCCGGAGUUGGAGUACUUCGUGGUGUUCUCGUCGGUGUCGUGCGGACGCGGCAACCCCGGACAGAGCAACUACGGGCUCGCCAACUCCGCCAUGGAGCGCAUCGUGGAGCAGCGCCAGGCCGACGGGCUGCCGGGCCUGGCCGUGCAGUGGGGCGCCAUCGGCGAGGUGGGGCUCAUCGUGGAGACCAUGGGCGGCGACGAGACCGUGGUGGGCGGCACCGUGCCGCAGCGCAUCGCGUCCUGCAUGGAGGCGCUGGGCGCGCUGCUGGCGCUGCCGCACGCCGUGGCGGCGUCCAUGGUGCUGGCCGACAAGCGCCGCGCCGCCGCCGCGCCGCAGCAGGACCUGCUGCACGCCGUCGCCAACAUCCUGGGCAUCAAGGACCCCAGCAAGGUGUCCGACUCCGCCAACCUGGCCGAGCUCGGCAUGGACUCGCUCAUGGGCGCCGAGAUCAAGCAGACGCUGGAGCGCGGCUACGACGUGGUGCUGGGCGUGCAGGAGAUCCGCGCGCUCACCUUCGCCAAGCUGCGCGGCAUGGCGGGCGGCGACGACGCCGCCGCCGGGGACGCGGCGCCGCCCGCCGCCGGGCCCGACGACCAGGUGCAGUUCGCGGCGCUGGGCGAGCUCAUGCCCAAGCAGGCGCUGGUGAAGCUGCCGAGCGCGGCGGCGGCGCCGGAGCAGCGCGCCGUGUUCAUGGUGCACCCCAUCGAGGGCGUGGUGGAGCUGCUGCGCGGCGUGGCGGCGGCCGUGCGGGCGCCGGUGUUCGGCCUGCAGUGCACGCGGGCCGCGCCGCUGGACGACAUGGCGGCGCUGGCGCGGCACUACGUGGCGCACGUGCGAGCACAGCAGCCCAGCCCGCCCUACACCAUCCUCGGCUACUCGUUCGGCGCCGGCGUCGCCUUCGAGAUGGCGCUGCAGCUGGAGCAGGCGGGCUGCGAGACGCGGCUGGUGCUGGUGGACGGCUCCCCGGCCUACGUGGCCACGCACACCACGCGCGGCAAGCAGAAGCGGACCACGCGCUCCGCCGAGACGGACGAGGCGGACGCGCUCGCCUACUUCGUGCAGCUGUUCAAGGACGUGGACGCCGCCAAGGUGUCGGCGGAGCUGGAGCGGCUGCCGAGCUGGGAGGCGCGGCUGGCGCGGACCACGCAGCUGGUGGGCGCGGCGGCGGGCCCGCACGACGCCGACGCGCUGGCGGCGGCGGCCGGCUCCUUCUACCGCAAGCUGGUGAUCGCGGACACGUACAAGCCGGCCGGGCGGCUGCGGGCGCCGGUCACGCUGUUCACGGCGCGCGACAACUACGUGACGCUGGGCGAGGACUACGGGCUGCGCGAGGUGUGCGCGGGCCCGCUGCACACGCAGCAGCUGGCGGGCACGCACCGCACCAUCCUGGCGGGCGACGCCGCCGCCGCCAUCGCCGCGCACCUGUCCGCCAUGCUGGCGCAGUAGCGGCCGCGCCGACGUCGGCCGAGGCGCCGGCGCCGCUAGCCCGACACGGACUGAGCUCGUGCACCCUGGUGACGGCCACUCUCUAUUUAUUUCUGCGGGGUAGAGUUAAAUUAGUGCGAGGAGUAAACUUGUGUACAUAGUUAUAACACGAUACUCUAUUUAUUGUACGUAUGUAAGUAUUGUCGAGCCCGGCUCGCAGUUUGUGAUACGCUACAUUCCGGCGCUGCUUACAUAUACGUAUGUAUGCGCGGUUAGUUUGUAGAACACAUUACAUGAAGCAUGUAAUCCCUACUAUAAGAUAGCGUGUACGAGGUGCCGGCGUUCGUCACGGACGACAUAAAUCUAAACUAUGAUUGGCAUUUUAUGUAUUUUGAUAUUAUUAAAGAUGACAGUGGUUUCCUACUUAAUGAAUGUUGACGGGCAAUACUCGGAGCGUAUUGCGACACAGACGCCCAGGCGCGACACACACGUGUCCGUGGCGUGUCCGUCGCGUGUCCGUGGCGUGGCGCCGCCGGUAGCGAUAAGUUUUAGUACCAGUGUAUGGUUGUUGUGGUAUUUAUUUUGUUACUAAUAAGGAGCCUGCGCCCUGUGAUUAAAAGUGCAUUAUUUUUUA